AUGGAAAGUAAAAUACAAGAAAAUGGAGACUUGCAUCAGAAUUUCAUUUACAAUUCAUUGAGCUAUGAUGGAUAUGAACGCUUUCAUGAUGAAGUGAUGGAGAACGUUUCUGUGAGCAUACAGUGCAGUGAAUACCAAGAAAUUGGAACUUCAACUUUAAACUUAAACAGUCAUAAGGAAAAAAUGAAGAUAAGCUUGUCGCAAGAGCAAUUACAGUUGAAUAACGAUGGAAGAAGUUGCUUGACAGUUCCUAGUAGUGCUUCAAGAAAAAUUCGCUCUACGGAAUCUCUCGGAAAUAGCAGAAGUGAAUCUACGAAAUUAGUGAAACUUGAAUUUCAACAACCAAUUGUGACAAAAGAGACAUCAAAGUUAAUUGCUGAAGAUAAUUUCAUUACUGUGACUCCUCCACAAGAUUCAGCCAAUGACAAUGAAGUCAUUUAUGCAAUUCCUACAAAAGGCAUUCACGAUUUAUCAAAAGAAACGCCAUACAAUUUAAUAAAUGAAAAGAAUGAAAUUAAAACUUCAAGUGCUUCUUUAACGCCAUUGAAAAGUAGCAAAAUUGCACCAACAUCAAUUGCUUCAACAACUGAAUUCAAUCAAGAUGUCAAGUAUUCAUUUUCAUUCUAUUGUAGUCUUUGCAAUAAUAUUUUCAACGAUCCUCGAACACUCGACUGUUUGCAUAGCUUUUGUGUUGAAUGUUUAGCACGUCUUGAUGCUUCCAAUGAUUUGGAAAAUAAUCAAUUUUGGCGGAAAAUCAGCGAUCAUAGUGACUUGUCUUGUAAGAAGUGA